AUGGUGUUUGACACACCAAGCGAUGGGCGCCUUAGUGGCGUGAUCGAUAUCCGAAGACUUUACCACUGUUAUCAGAUCACCAGAUACAGAUGUGUUCAUCUUGAUGCUGAAAUUUGCACAAACCACAAAACAAACGAGAUUGAUUCAUACAGGGGUAGGGACAAGAGAUGCCUCAUAGAAGUACUUAAAGUUGUAGCUGAAACUGGUCUGGAGAAUGUAGAAGUACGGAGAGUUACAGACGAAACUGGUCAGGAGAAUGUAGAAGUACGGAAAGUUGUAGACGAAACUGUUCAGGAGAAUGUAGAAGUACGGAAAGUUGUAGACGAAACUGUUCAGGAGAAUGUAGAAGUACGGAAAGUUACAGACGAAAUUGGUCAGGAGAAUGUAGAGGAGAAUGUAGAAGUACGGAAAGUUACAGACGAAACUGGUAAGGAGAAUGUAGAAGUACGGAAAGUUACAGACGAAACUGGUCAGGAGAAUGUAGAAGUACGGAAAGUUACAGACGAAACUGGUCAAGAGAAUGUAGAAGUACGGAAAGUUGUAGACGAAACUGGUCAGGAGAAUGUAGAAGUACGGAAAGUUGUAGACGAAACUGGUCAGGAGAAUGUAGAAGUACGGAAAGUUACAGACGAAAAAACUGGAGAAGUUAGAAGUUACGGAAAGUGUAGGACGAAAACUGGUCAAGAGGAGAAUGUAGAAGUACGGAAAGUUGUAGACGAAACUGGUCAGGAGAAUGUAGAAGUACGGAAAGUUGUAGACGAAACUGGUCAGGAGAAUGUAGAAGUAUGGAAAGUUGUAGACGAAACUGGUCAGGAGAAUGUAGAAGUACGGAAAGUUACAGACGAAACUGGUCAGGAGAAUGUAGAAGUACGGAAAGUUACAGACGAAACUGGUCAGGAGAAUGUAGAAGUACGGAAAGUUGUAAACGAAACUGGUCAGGAGAAUGUAGAAGUACGGAAAGUUGUAAACGAAACUGGUCAGGAGAAUGUAGAAGUACAGAAAGUUGUAAACGAAACUAGUCAGGAGAAUGUAGAAGUACGGAAAGUUACAGACGAAACUGGUCAGGAGAAUGUAGAAGUACGGAAAGUUGUAGACGAAACUGGUCAGGAGAAUGUAGAAGUACGGAAAGUUACAGACGAAACUGGUAUGGAGAAUGUAGAAGUACGGAAAGUUACAGACGAAACUGGUCAGGAGAAUGUAGAAGUACGGAAAGUUACAGACGAAACUGGUCAGGAGAAUGUAGAAGUACGGAAAGUUACAGACGAAACUGGUCAGGAGAAUGUAGAAGUACGGAAAGUUACAGACGAAACUGGUCAAGAGAAUGUAGAAGUACGGAAAGUUGUAAACGAAACUGGUCAAGAGAAUGUAGAAGUACGGAAAGUUGUAAACGAAACUGGUCAGGAGAAUGUAGAAGUACGGAAAGUUACAGACGAAACUGGUCAGGAGAAUGUAGAAGUACGGAAAGUUACAGACGAAACUGGUCAGGAGAAUGAAGAAGUACGGAAAGUUACAGACGAAUCUGGUCAGGAGAAUGGAGAAGUACGGAAAGUUGUAAACGAAACUGGUCAGGAGAAUGUAGAAGUACGGAAAGUUGUAAACGAAACUGGUCAAGAGAAUGUAGAAGUAUGGAAAGUUGUAAACGAAACUGGUCAGGAGAAUGUAGAAGUACGGAAAGUUGUAAACGAAACUGGUCAAGAGAAUGUAGAAGUACGGAAAGUUACAGACGAAACUGGUCAGGAGAAUGUAGAAGUACAGAAAGUUAUAGACGAAACUGGUCAGGAGAACAUAGAAGUACGGAAAGUUAUAGACGAAACUGGUCAGGAGAUAUGUGAAGCCUUGCCUUCCUUUCAUGCUUUUUCUGGAUGUGACAGUGUGAGAGCGCAUCGGAAAGUGAUUCUCGUUCCAAAGCAGGACCUACAAGAUGCUGAGACGAGGCCAUCACAACACACCCAUGGGCACAGCAAGACGUUCCCCCAGGGGCACUGCAAGCAGGAAUGCAACACCGGCACGCCGGCACCACGAGGGACAGGACUUGUUACAGGCUUUGGUUGGCCUCAUGGCACAAGGAAGACCACAUGGUUCAGCCUCGGCAGGUGUUUAGGGCGAUGUGCCUGA